AUGCCUUCAAGAACAACUCCGCGGUCAGCACCGUACAGUAGGCCUUCAGAUCGCCAAGCUGCAGCUGAUGCGAUACCAAUACUGGUAGACGACGAAUACCAAGUUUUCCACCUCAGUACCCCUCCGAACACAAUUCGACAUCCGCCACGGCUUCGAUCAACAUGGUCGCGUCUACGCUCGCGUGAUCUAGUAAACUGGGAACGCGACCAGAGCGAGGUACUGACACCAGGCAAAACUCGCGAUAGCCCAGAUGCCGAUGGUGCUUGGACUGGAUGCGCGAUCAUCGGGCCAGAUGAAAACAUGCACAUCUUCUAUACCGGAUACAACCUGUCACAAGAUGGCAAGCAAGUCAUCUUGCAUGCACAUUCGCAGGAUAAGAAGGGCACACAGUUCACCAAAUCCCCCUCACCAAUCCGAAUUACUGGCGACAUGUCAAGAUUCGAAGACAUCGAUUUCCGAGACGCUCAUGUUUCGUGGCAAGAGUCAGAGAAAUCGUACUGGAUGCUAGUCGCUACGAGACUGAGGACUGGUCCCUUCUGGACACGAGGGUGUCUGGCGCUGCUCACGUCGCCGGACCUCGACGCCUGGACAAUCGACCCAGAACCCUUCUACGCGCCCAACGAUAUGUUCUGCCCCGAAUGCCCCGAAAUCUUCUCGCUGCCAAAUGGGAAGUGGUACCUUGUGUACUCGCGGUUUCACGCUCCAGAUGCUGGUACAGUGUACAGAACCGCUGAUUCGCCGCGAGGCCCGUUCAGAACGCCCCGUGCAUCUUCCGGUGGGCGCUUUGAUGCGCGUAGAUGGUACGCCGCGAAAUCAUGUCCGAAGGCCGGCGAUCCAAGCAAGCGAAUAUACUUUGGAUGGGUUGCCGAUAAGCUUGAUGGGCAGUGGUCAUGGGGUGGCGAUAUGGGCAUGCCGAGAGAGAUCUCCGCCGAUGAGGGCGGUCAGUUGGUCAUACGACCAUGUUCUGAAUACCUGGAUGCGACAUUCGCUCCGGGAUCUGAAGUACCGAUACCUUCGAAUAUCUCAAUCGGAAGCGUCGGCGAGACAAGAAGCCAAUCCCUCUCUACAGGGGAGGCAAUACCGAAUGAAUAUUGUUUCGAGUUCAGCAUCGCUUCCUACGAUGCCUCAUCCUUUGGUCUACUGUUCCGCACAUCCAAGGAUAUGGAUGGCCAUAGGCUUAGAUUCAUACCGGCUAAGUCGGAGCUGUGCGAGGUCGUCUUAGCACGAUAUCCAGCUCCCCUGGACGACUUCUGGGCGGACCAAUACAAGAUGCAUCUGCCACGCGAAGUUGACGGCCCCGAAAUCGCGCGCCAUCUUGUGAACAUCCGAGGCAACAUCGUCAUUACCGUAACAAGCAACGUAUUGGAAAUCUUUGUCGGUGGGAAGUCUUUUAGUUAUCGUUUACCUUCGGAUGUAGGCGCGCACGAGAAGCUGCCUUCCGAGACCAACGGCCACCAGAAUGGGCUGGUGAAUGGCUCGCUAUCAAAUGGUGACGAGCACCAGGCGCAGGAAGUCGGGAUUUUCGUUGAAGAUGGACAUGUUGAGUUGACAGAUGUACAUUUACGAAGGCGCACGAGCUCUUAA